AUGGAAUACCAUAGCAAUCACUCUGCUGGACACUCGUCGAAUAAUACAUCCACCACUACCUCUAGACACGCAUCGACGGCUUCGAUGUUUUCCCUUGUGAACCUUCACCAGCCUCAUAGCCGUAAUCCCACCCCACCGACCCCUAUGUCAUCCCCUGGUCUGUAUAGCCCUCCGCAUGUUCUGCCUUCCGACAGGAUCGUUGUGGGCCCCCAUCUCCACCCCAGUCAGUAUCGCCAACCGGAACAUUGCACCUCGGUUAGGGAAACACAUUUACUCGAUCUUGACUUUGACCCGAUUUCCGGGAGGAAGAUCAUAAACCACUAUUCCAUAAUCGACGAGAUCGGACGAGGCGUUCAUGGUAAAGUGAAGCUCGGGACCGACCUUGACACGGGCGAGCUGGUGGCUAUCAAGAUUGUAGAGAGGUCACAGGAUCGCCCUAGGCUGGGUCGCCGCGGUGAUGGCGAAUCGGAGAAGAAGGUCCGUCGGGAGAUCGCCAUCCUCAAGAAAUGUUGUCACGAGAACGUGGUCCGGCUGCUCGAGGUUAUCGACGAUCCUCAGAGCAAGAAGGUUUAUUUGAUCCUGGAAUAUGUCCAACUGGGCGAGAUUAUUUGGAGGAAAUCUGGUGAUCCUGAUGUUUUGCGGCGGGAACGUCGUCGUCUGCGUCGUGAAUUUGAGGCCAACUUUGCCGCGAGGAAAACCGUGACCAAGGGUGGCGAGGGCGAGGGCGAGGCCGCAUGGAGGCGGAGACGUCGACCUCGUAGGGGAAGAAGGAAUGGUCAAUUUUGGUCAUUGGAAUUUGCCUCCGCUUCCGAUUCCGAGCCCGAACGGAGUGCUCCCCAUCCCCCACUGCCAAGACUCCCGCCCACGACCUCUGCUGACCUGCCUCCCCUUGGCUCCGAUACCGAGCAGCUCCCGCCCUCUCAGACUCUUGAUUACUCAUCCGAUAGUUCUACGAGUAGCUUCUCGAGCGAAGGCAUUAGCUAUGUUCCUUCUCUCACGAUUGAACAGGCACGUUGCACCUUCCGUGAUACGGUUCUCGGCUUGGAGUACUUGCACUACCACGGCAUCAUUCAUCGUGAUAUCAAACCUGCAAACUUGCUAUGGACCCAGGACCACAGGGUCAAGAUAUCUGAUUUUGGAGUCAGCUUUCUUGGGAGACCGAUUCGGGAUUAUGAGGAUGGCUGCGAUGGCGAGGAGGCUACUGGGCUUGAGCAGAAUGAGUUGGAAUUAGCCAAAACCGCUGGCACUCCGGCAUUUUUUGCACCCGAGCUUUGUCAUGUUGGUGAGUCGGCAUUACAUGUUCCCAUGCGCUCCUAUUUCGUAUCGUCCCACAUAUCUCGCACAUCUUACUUUUGGUUUAUAUAUAUACCUAACAUUUCUAUCCCACGUAGAUCACAACGAGCCACGACCUCAAAUCACUAGUGCAAUUGAUGUCUGGGCUCUCGGUGUCACGCUUUACUGCCUUGUCUUUGCUCGCUGCCCGUUCAUGGCGGACAAUGAAUUCCAACUUCUGAGAGUCAUUGCGGAGGACGAGCUCGUGAUUCCUAACCGUCGAGUUCGCCCCGCUAAGGCCAUCGACCCUUCCAGACCGGCUAGUGCCCUGCCGACAGCUGAGGAAUUGCUCGAAAUGGAGACGGAGCCGAUCGAUGUUGAUCUCAAAGACUUGCUCAAACGGCUUCUCACAAAAGACCCAACCAGAAGGAUAACUUUGAAGGAGGUUAAGCGACACCCGUGGGUUCUCCACGGUAUCGCUGAUCCUUGUGCCUGGGUUGACGAAACUGAUCCUGAGAGGAUGUCUGAUGGCAAUAAGAUUGAGGUUACCGUGGAAGAUGUGGAGAAGGCUGUUUCUAGUGCUGGUGUGCUGAACCGGGCUAGAAGCGCAGUCAAGAGAGCUGUCGAAUGGGGAAAGGGGCUGCGUAGGAGAGCUAGCAGCACCGCAAAUGUAAUCUCGACAAAGGAUACAAAGAUCCUGGUCGAAAAGGAAAGGGAAGUUACAGCAACGACUAGAUGUUGCCCAAGUGCGCGUUUGGGUGAUGAUGAAGGGGAGCUGCGCUGGAUGGGGAGCAAUCCCCAGUGGAGAGACGAGGAUAAGUCCCCGCUCCCGGCGUGCUCGGCGGCCAACAAUGCAGCCUCUUCCGAUUCUGUGCGGGAUGGGGGCGGCUACUGCGGUUUCAACAGCGAAUCAUCGGAUCCCAACUCACUCCGUCGGUCGGAUUCUGAAUCCCAAAGAUUGCAGAGAAAGUGUUCAUCCACUCUCUGCGCUCCAUCGCGACGCCAUGCUAUUAUUGGUAGCGAACCCGGUGGAACCAGUGCAGUUUUUUAUCGGACGCAUGGAAAUCCCCCCCAGGGCGGACCAACCGAGAAUCCUCACGUUUCUCGAUCGGACACUUCUUUGCGAGCGCCGAGUUGCGGUCAUCACACAGGCAGCUUGAUUGGGAAUGGAAUGAGACGAGUGGUUCGUAGUAUGAGAAGUGGAGGGUUUCAUGAUAACGGAGACAGGGUCAGGGGAUCGGCGAGUCGGGAUGGUAGUCCAUUGAGAGCGCGGGAUCCACAUGCAGGUGCACUGCGUGGUGAUCACUCUUUCUAUGCCUAUGGAACUGGCUCGCUGCAUGUUCAGAUUCCUAAUGGUCGGAGACACAGUUAUGCGGGAAUCGACGUUGACGGUGGAUCAGUGAUUGACAACAGCCGGCUUCCCGCGAUCGAUUGUAAACCCCGAUGGGAUAGGGACAUUGGUAGAAAACUUGCCUCGUUCACCAUGAAAGAUAAGCCAUGCCCUCCGAGCCCUGACGAUGAGGUGUCCAUGGAAAAAAUUUGGGAAAGGGAUCAGCGGAAGGCGCUGUUGCGACAUGAAGAGCGUAACAAGUAUACCUCCCCUAAAGCAUCCAAUGCAGAUGUCACCCCUGGAUGGACAAAAGAGAGUUACUAUUACCCUUCGCAUGAUUCGCCCACGCCUCCGAUUAUGAUGGAACGAAAGAACCGUGGUUUCUUUGAUGACCAUGUUCAGAUGCCCAUGGAUUCUAGCCAACCAAACCACCUAGUUUCUUCAUCUAGCGAAGAACAGUUCGCUACGACCGCCGGCUCGAGUCUUACCAAUUCUACAAGCUUCCCGUCUGCGCCAAGCAUAAUGUCGGAGAACAGCUCCAUUGGCAGUGAAUACUUCAACAGCCGUUACUCUCGGAAGAAUUCCAUUGCUGGGAUUGUGCACGAAGAAGAGUUCGACACGAGUUAUCGCCCGCCUACACCUUUCCAUCAGAGCAGGCUUUCGGGUAUCAGACAGAUCGACUCUGAUAACGAACAUGAGAUGGACGACGAUCCCGACGAUGACGAUGAUAGUGACGGGGGCUUCGUAAUGGAAGUUCCUCUCCCCAGGAAGAAGAGUGUGCGAAGUGAGAGCGUUGUUGUUGGUGAGCUCGCUAGAAGGCCCCUUGACUCUAUCGGACCUGUAUCGCGCACAAGAAGGCGAAGCAGAAGCAGCAAUGCAACCCUCAAGGACAAGAAGGCCCGCCGAGGCAGAACCAAGGAGAAGGUUGUAACUGAAGCUUAGAGUUUUUCCUAUUUUUUUUUACUUGUUACAAGAAUUUUGCUCCAUCGAAAGGCUUUAUUCGCCGAUUAUCCUGGAUUGUCGUGGCAUGGUCUACCCUCUGCUUUGCCUUGCUUUCCUUUCCCUUCCAUUUUUUUUUUUUGACAUCCUCCUUUCGCUUUGCAUAGGGGUUUUUGCUGCUCCUUUUUCCAUUACCUCCACACUUCAUUUGUCCUUUCCUGUACCUGGUCUUUUCCCGAACCGCAUUUCUACUUGGAGUAUAUUUAUUUCGUUGUAAGUAUUGAUCCUUUUUGUAAUAUUUUCCUGCAUCUCUAGGGACUGGCUUUAUACCCGCGUUCAUUCUCGGGUUGAAAAGUUUUUUUGUUUUUUUUCCCUCUUUCCACUUUCUUACUCGUUUUAUCUCCCGUCCCCACUCCCCCUUUUUUUACGCUAUGGGAAUUGCUAUAGAUGGAUACUCUCGGUGUUUGACUUUUUACGUUUAUGAGUGAAUGGAUUUUUUUGAUUACUUGGGGACUUUGGCUUGGCUGGCUGGUUUAGUUUGGUUCGGAUUCUGAGCAACGGGUCGGUUGGUUAGUUGAUGGGUAAUCAGUCGGCUGGUGGUUCAGUGCUUGUUUGGGGGAUUUCUUGUAGGUGGGAAAGAAAUGAUUGAUUGAGGAUGGAAGAUGGAGGAAGGAAGGACUCACCCAGACAAGCUUAUUAUCGGAUUAGGUUUAUAGAUGUACAGCUAAUCUAAUCUUUACAAGUAUGGCAUGGAACUGUGCAUGUGAGAAACCGCCUUUGUUUUGUUUUUGUUCUGCCCUGUUCGUUUUGUUUCCUCCCUUCCCAGGCAGACUGAUGGAUGCAGUUUGUAUGGGACGAACUCUGUAGCGCAGGGCGCACUACUCGAGUCCAGUGCUCGUACAGUAUCGUACUGUACUCGUAAGGCUGCAUUUCACGGUCUUG